AUGAAGAACGCCGAGUUUAAACCCAAGCUGGAGACAUCUUCCAAGCCACUGACAUAUCCCUCUAAUGCUGGUGCAGCUUUCAUGCUCAAAGACUGCUUCAAGCCUCAAACUAUCAUAGUCCUAGGCUCAGUUGUCCAGCUUGUCCUCUGCGCUUUUCUCCCUAUGCGAUGGGCAGUCAUACCACCUGCAGCCGUCGUUCUCAACUCCGUUAUCACCACUAUUCUUCAACUCCGCACCACAAAGCCAAAUGAAUACAUCCAAGGCGUCAUUCCCGGACGUACUACCGCUCAGCUCCCAUUCGCCUCUGGUACCUUUGGUUCGAAGCCCGCAGCAAACUCCGUGGUGGUCCUCCAUCUUGGAAUGCAGAUCAACCAUCCUCUCGGUCUCGCCGCGCCAGGUAUGGAUCGCAUGAGCAAGUUCUUCGCAGACAUGCAAGAGGAGCUCAACUCGCACCGAGAUGAAUUUGGCAUGCUCGGCAUGUCAACAUGGAGGGGCGACGACCGAGGCAGCAAUAACACGCUUCUCAACAUCAUCUACUUCCGCGACCUCGAGAGUCUGCACCGCUUCGCCCACGGGGAAGUCCACCGCCGAGGCUGGGAUUACAUCAACAAGGCCAAGCUCAAGCACAUCGGCGUCUUCCACGAGACAUACUCUGUACCGGCGCGUGAGUACGAGAAUGUCUACGUCAACUGCCGUCCUGUGAUGAUGGGUCGUGCAUCAGUGAGGACGACACCUGUUGGUGAGGAGGAGGAGAGAUGGACGAACACGCUUGUGAGCGCUGAUACGCCUUUGUUGAAGACUCAUUACGCGAGAAUGGCAAGAGAUGAGCAGGGGAACAUGAAGGAGAUUGAGUAA